UUUUUUUUUUGGAAGCAGAGCUAAAGAAGUGUUAAGUAUGUGCACGUAAAAUUAUUGUGUUGUUAAGGUAUGUUGAUGAUGGAUACGAGGAAGAAUAACAACGUUGGAUUUAGUAGUAGUUAUGAUUAUUCAUUCAAGAUUCUGCUUGUUGGAGAUUCUGGCGUUGGAAAAAGUAGUCUUCUUCUCAGUUUUAUUUCUCAUCAGUAUCCUCCUCAAGACCUUUCUCCAACUGUUGGUGUGGACUUCAAAAUCAGGAUGCUAACGGUUGGCGGCAAGAGGUUGAAAUUAACAAUUUGGGAUACAGCUGGACAAGAGAGGUUUGGGGCAUUAACAAGCUCUUAUUAUAGAGGGGCUCACGGAAUAAUACUAGUGUACGAUGUAACAAGGCGAGAGACCUUUAUGAACUUAUCAGAAACAUGGGCGAAGGAUAUAAAGUCUUACUCCACGAAUCCCGAGUGUAUCAAGAUGCUAGUUGGGAACAAAGUUGAUAGGGAUAGUGAAAGGGCGGUAACUAGAGAAGAAGGCCUGGCAUUUGCGAAGGAGCACAAUUGUUUAUUUCUAGAAUGUAGUGCCAGGACAAGAGAAAAUGUGCAGCUGUGUUUUAAAGAUCUCACACUGAAGAUACUGGAUGUACCAAGUCUAGUGGAGAAAGGUUCUACAGUAGUGAAAAACCAAAUCUUGAAACAGAAGGAAGUUCGCAAAUCUCAACAUAGUGGAAACUGUUGUUGUCCCAAUUGAAAUGCUUGCUAUACUAAACUGCAGUUCAGAGGAAUAUCUCAUAAACGGGGCGAUGAUCGUUAAAAGGAUGUGCAGUCAUACAACAAGUUCAUCAUACGAUCUAGUGAUGGCGCUGUUCUUUUUUGCUGGCCAUAGCUACUAGAUUUUCUUCUUGUAUGUAAAUGUAAAGUUUUUUUUUUUUUUUUUUUUUUUUUGUUAAUUUGUUAAAUCUUUCAAGAAGGGUGUAGCAAUAGCGCCGGUUAUAUCUCAGGGUGAGAUGUAACAGGCCUGUACUAAAACAAUCCUUUGCCUUGUAGAAUGUUGUUCAACAAAAAAAUGUACAAGAUCAGUGCUUACAAUCUUUACAAGAUUGGUAGUAAUGGCGUCUAUAUCUCGUCUCGCGGAGAGAUGUAAAAUUUUUGUACCAAAACAUUUUUGAGCUUAUACGAAGUUGUUCAAGGAAAAUCCUUUCUUGCA